GACUGAAAGCGGUGGUAAUACAGAAAACGCCCACACCGACCGGGCGUGCCUCCAUCGUUUUGGGUGCAGAGGUGUACAAUCUUGACGCCUGUCGUGUCCGUGCUUCGGUUAUCCAUUCGCCGUCCAUCUCGCUUUUUAAGUGUUGAGCCAAAGGGGGUGGUGGAACUGUGACGGGCAGAGGCUGAGGUGAUAGGCGGGGCAGAGAGAGUUAAGAGAGAGGGGUUGGAGGAGAACCGAACAGGGUUCUUCUGCUUCCAUUCUGGUAAAACUUGUAGAAAGGAGAUCCGGGAUGUCGGAGGGGAAGCCGCUUGUGGAGCUUCGUAAGGGGGUCAAUGGACUCGACAAAAUCGUGCUGAGAGAGGUUAGGGGGAGCUCGGCAGAGGUG